CUACAGUCUAGACUGUAUCGGCGAUUCCAUAAUCCUCAAGUGGAAUCCAUAUCAAUGAUUCCAACUGGUUUUCUGUAAUCGCGUUUUAUUCAGGAAAAGUUAACAAAGUUAGAUUUUGGUUGAGGUUGGUCAAAGACAUUGCUCCUUGAAUGACAGGCAAGGGAUUUCAAAUGGGUUGGCCAUGAGCUGUUAAGAGAGCAAGCUAAAAACGAACAGAAUCAGAGUAGAAUGGAAGCUGAGAAUGCAUAUACACUUCCCUUUUAUGAUACUUUCAACAUUGAGAGUCCUUUAAUUGGAAUGGACAACCUUGAUUUUCCUACAAUGAGCUUGGAUGUCCCUGAUUGUGCUGAAAAUGAGGUCUCUCAUAUCGCAAAUGAAUGUGAGGAAGAGGUUGUCCUUGACAGUGAUGAUGAAAGAAUGCAUGGUACUGAAGUGGCAAGUGUCUCAAAGUUGAGAUCUUCUGAUGAUACAAGGUAUAAACAGCAGCUGGAUAAGUGGAAACCCUCACCAGUUUCUAAACAAACCUAUGUGGGAUGUCUACGGAGGUCAAAUAAUCUAUUUAAGUUUUUGGAUUCAGCCAGAAGCACCACAGAUUUUGAGAAAACUGAUCAACAGAAACAGUGUUCUGAGAUUAAUGGCAGACUAUCUCUACAAAUAGAUAAGAGCAGUGUUAAUACAAAACCAAGAGUUGAAGAGGAUUGGUGUCAGGCUGCUGAAUUAACCAAGGAUGAAGUCUACAAAGGAAAUGUGGAAACGGAAGGCUCAACUGUUUAUGGUGUGAAUGGAGAUAAAGAUUUUCCACUUCAUUCUUGUAAAAUAGAACUCCCCAAGUUAAACAAAACUGAAUCUCAAGUAUCUGGAGAGCUGUCAGAAGCUAAUGCUCUGGACUUCAUUGACCACUACCUAUCAGUUUACAAUGAAGAUGCACUCAAUGAAGUCAAAGCUAGAGGAGUGAAUAAGAUUGUAUCACCUCCAUUUUUCAGCCGUGUGGGACCUCAAAAAUUGGCAUGCAGAAUGAAUGUUCAAAAUGCAGUAAAAAACUCCGGGGUUUUUGACUGGCCUGAGAGGCAAAGUGAUAGUGCAAAUGGUUCUUUUUCAAGACACCGAAAGAUAUUGACCUAUCACAGAAAGAAUUACGGACUGAAGAAACAAAAAGUAUCUUGUAUCCAAUCCAGUAAGGAGCCAAUGGAAAGUAUGACAGAUUUAAAUAAGGCGGAACCAAAGUUUCUCCCGGAAGCUCACAUGAAUGUUGGGUCCAACUUCCUGAGGAAGUCGGAUGAGCAAUUUGAUAUGGGGACAUUUGAGCAACACGUUGAUUAUGACGGAAAUCAAUCAAAUGGAUUAGAGACAUAUGAUGUUGGCCUUGAUACUCAACUGGCUGCUGAAGCUAUGGAAACUCUACUACACGCCCCUCCUUUGAAAAGUGAUGUGCUUUGGGCCUCUCCUGUUACAAAAACCAGCCUAGUUAAAGAAGGGAAAUAUCCUGAGAUCGCUAUCUCAAGAGAGUUUAACAUUGAUGAUAGUUCACCAGAACCUACUUUAUGUAGCUCAGCUGAAGUAGAGUUGUCUUCUGUUGUUCAUAGAACUAGGCAUCAAGUGUCUUUAAAUUUGAGGAGCUUGGAGAGCCCAACAACCAAUUCCAACACAGAGUUUAAUUUUCCAAAGAAAAGAAGGAAGCAACAUGAGCUUGGAGAGUUAAAUGAUAAUUUGUUCAAAGUGGCUGUUGUAAGAGGGAAAGUUUCCAAAGCAAGUACUAACACAUCAAGGAAAGCUAGAAAAGUUAGCAUGAAUAAUCAAGGAGAAAUUUUCCAAAGUGUAGCAGCCACAUUGAGUCAAGUGAAAUUGGAAAAUUGGGUCUCUAAGGGGAAAAGGACACAUAAAGGGGUGCGACGGCUUUCUAAUGGAUCAAGCAAUCUCUAUCCUCUACUGAUGCCUGCUGAUCAGGGAAAUGACUUAAAGUUUCCAGAUUUGAAUCAUAAGGCAGAGAGAAGAUGCCAACCCGUGGAAUUUAAAAGACAGAAUCAGUCUUUAGAAAAGACCCAGUCAGGACUCUCGUCAAUUCUGACCAUAUCCACUAAUCUUUUGACAAAAGAGAUGAAAUCUGACGUAUUUUCAAAUGGAAUCUCAGAUCCAUCAUACUGUCUUAAUGAUCACAAGAAAGGCAAGCAACACAUGAGAAGUCUCUCCAGAUCACCCCUUUCUCAAGAGCUUUUUAGAUUAGGCUAUGCAGAGCAAUUACCUGAUUUUCUGCCUAGAGGUUCACGACGACGAAAAGGUGCAGGUGACAUUUGUGUCUUGUUCAGCCAGGGCUUGGAUAGCAAAUUAAUCAAGCAGCAGAAAAAGAUUUUGUCAAGACUUGGAUUUAUCUCCACGUCAAAUUGUUCUGAUGCCACACACUUCGUCACUGACAGCUUUGUAAGAACUAGGAAUAUGCUAGAAGCCAUUGCCUAUGGAAAACCAAUUGUAACACAUUUGUGGCUUGAGAGCUGUGGAAGAGCAAGCUGUUUUGUUGAUGAGAAAAGUUAUAUCUUAAGAGAUGCCAAAAAGGAAAAGGAACUCAGUUUUAGUAUGCCUGCUUCACUUGCUCAUGCUAGAAAGCAUCCCCUUCUAGAGGGUCGAAGAGUCAUUAUUACUCCAAAUGCAAAACCUAAUAGAGAUACCCUUCUAACCUUGGUCAAGGCAGUGCGUGGUGAGGUGGUGGACGAAUCUAAUAGUAAAAUCACUUGUGAUGAUCUAUUAAUUCUUUCCUGCGAAGAAGAUUACAAAGCAUGCAUUCCAUAUCUGGAAAGGGGAACUCUUGUUUAUAGUUCGGAGCUCUUGCUUAAUGGGAUUGUUAUCCAGAAACUGGAGUACAAUAGGCAUCAGCUUUUCACAAAGUUUCAUGACGAAAACUGUAAAGAAUGAAAAUCUGUCCAGCUUUUUCACGAAGAAAGCUUCGUGCCCAACUGCUUGUGUAUCGAUUAAAAAACGCUACUAGUCCAAGUAACAGAUGAUGAUAUCCUUGUGUUACCAGAUACUCGAAGUUUUAGCUGGACAGAGGUAUUGUAUCAUAUUGGUAUAGUAACUAAGUUUUCAUAGUUUGUCCAGAAAAGGUUGUCUGUUAUCUAUUCCCAUGUAAAUUCACUUGGUUUGCUAAUUUUUGAACAAAUGUAAA